AUGGACCAACUAUCAGAAUUAUUUGAAUACACCUCCUUGAAACCACUUGAUACUUUACUUACCCAAUUUCAGAGCCAAUGCUCCAAAUUACUAGCUAACUGUGAAGUAAUUAACCACUUUAUCGUCCAUCUCAUAAUAUACACCAUGAAUUUCACACGUAAUGCAGCCAUCAUGACCCUUCAAAAUAAGCUCGUCUUUUUAAUGACCAACAUAGCACUCAAUAGAGUUUGUGUUUCCGAUUUUGGUGACGUUAUCAGACCAAUAAACAGCUUUGCCAGUGAUCGUGUUAUCUGGUCCAAUGUCAUCGAAGUUGCGAAUCUAGUCAACAAACUUGGUCAACCAAUCCGCACCAAAUUAAGGACACCUCUCAUGAAAAGCAAGUUGUCAGCAGUCUCAAGGUUAAAGACCGCUGCAGAACAAGAAGAUUACGGCAAAACUACCACCUCUCUAACAGUGGCACUCAAGUCUAAACUGUCGGGAAAUAUUUUUAGACGCGUCGGUAAUUUCUGGGAAACAUAUUUUGAAAAUAAACCAUGGUCCGAUCUAACUAGACGUAUCUGGGAAAGCUAUCGUGACAAUGGUCAAUGCGGACCCGACAAUGUAUUCACGGCUAACAUGGACGAAACAGUACUUCGAAGCUGGCUGCACGCAUUUCGAGAUCGUUUCUUUUCGCAGCUAAUGCCACAUACAAAUGUUCCCGACGCUGAUCACCCAGUGAUUGAGAGAAUAGCCGGAGAUCCCCAUGGUGGCCUAGGCACACGGCAAUUGGAUUUCUUCAUUGAGAGUUCUGAUAUUGCCGAUGACCUGGAACAUCAAUGGCGAGAUGUCAGGGUGUUGACUGAAAUAACCUCUCACAAAUAUAUGGCAGCUAUAAAGAUCCAUCAGAUGAUGAGAUACGUGCGCGAGGUAUUCGACUCACAGCCGCUGCGUAGAUUUGUGCAUGGGUUUUGCUUGCACAAAAUGUACGUGGAGUUCUGGAUUGUGGAUCGAGCAGGAGCAUACAGCUCGGCUCAAAUAAAAAUCCUGGACAAUCAGGAAAAACUGGUCCGAGGGCUAUCCUCGUACAUGCUGAUGAGCGACAGAGAAUUCGGACUAGAUCCAGUAAUAAGCUACGAUGAUGCUGAACGAUGUUUUGUCACGAUAUCUGACGACAAUCAAUCAAUGGAAAAAAUUGAGGUACAUCCCAUGCCUGUGACGCGGCCGGAGACGAUAGCCUCACGAGGAAAUACGUGCUUUAAGACAAAAGAUAACGAAAGCUUGAUCAAAUUUUCUUGGGGCUCUGGAGCGAAACAAAAUGAAAUCGAAUUCCUCAAACUUGCAAAAGACUUGAAUGGCGUACUCCAGCUGAAGACUUCUGGGGAUCUUUAUGAGGUUGAGAUACACCGAGAAAGUGUUCAGCCAUCGGAGAAUCUAAGGUGGUAUCUGAAUGUCAUUGAUCGUACUAUGUCCCACGGCAACAGGACGAAAUCUCUGAGUGAGGAAUUUUCCACGAAACGGAAACUCACAUUUGCCAAACUGUCACCAGUUGGACGUCCCCUUGAAUCUUCUCUAACGGUGCGAGAGUUUGUACGUGGCAUACGUGAUGCCAUUGUUGGACAUCGUAACCUGCAUGGAAUUGGUAUUGUUCACGGCGAUAUUUCUGCAGGAAACAUCAUUCUGACUCGGCCGGAUGAAAAGGGGAUAACAAAGGGAACGCUUAUUGAUCUAGAUAUGGCCUCAUUCCGUAUGGAUGAAAACGAGAAGGACCAGCCUAAAGCAAUCACCGGUACGACAAGAUACAUGGCUUUGGAACUGUUACGAGCCAUCAGCCUGAGGAAGCUAAGCUUAAAGCAAACAUAUCGGCAUGACCUCGAAUCAUUUUUCUACGUUCUGAUAGUAGGAUGCAUGAGGUACGGUCUCGAAAAGUUGCCCGAACUACUGAAGACAUGGUCUUCAGACUCCCAUACUUGUUUUCUCUCGAAGGAAGCUGCUAUCACCAAAACCUUUGAGACAAUGAUUAUAGAUGGAUUCCUACCGAGUUUUGAAGUUACUAUGGAACUGGCAAGGACACUUCAUGAAAUACUGUUUGGUGAUGAAGCAGUUGAAUACGGUUCACCGGAAGAUCCUAACGUGCAUUAUGAUCCUAUAAUCGAAGCCUUUAAAAAGACUUUAGAAGCUCGAAGGUAA